UUAUAUAUAGCCUUCACUUUCUCGUUGCAUCUUUCAGUUUCAUCUGUUUAUCAUAUCCCAAAACCAACACAAGCACUUAGAGAGGCUCAAUCAUGGAGGUAGCUAUACCGAGCAGACCCGCUUUCGAUUUCGACUUCAACAGCGCUCGAUCUUCCCCUGCCAUCACUGCUCCUUCUACUCCGAGACGCUUUGGCGACUACAGCUUCUUGAGUGCACCAACCAGUCCAUCUAGAAUAUCUGAGUUUUACAGAGAAUUUGAUGAGUUCUCCGCAGUCAGUAGUAACUGGGAAGAAGAGGAUGAGUUUGAACGUGCAGCACCAUCCAAAUCAUCAAAACCAGACGACUUUGCCUUUGAUAUUGGUGAGGAGGUAGACAGAGUUUCUCUCUCAGCUGAAGAGCUCUUUGAUGGCGGUGUUAUAAGACCUUUAAAGCUUCCUUCACCUCCUCAAUCCUCAACAAAGAAGAUGAAUGUUCGGCAAGCUCUUUCGCCCAGGAGGAGGAAAGAAAGAGAUUCAUAUCCAUCCGGGAUGAACAAUCCGACCAGAAUGGAAACUCCCCAGAAGAAAUCAACUGUUUCUUCACAGCAACAGAGAGGAAGAGAAAGAGCUUCCUCAACCUUGCCUUCUUCGAGCCGUAGAGCUUCAAGAUCACUAUCUCCUUUGAGGGUUUCAGAGUUUAACUGGGCACAAGAAGAAGAAGAGCUGAAACGACAGCAAGUAGCAGCACAGAACGAGAACAAGCAACUAGCUACAAAGGGUUCACUAAUUUCAUCUGCUACUGCUGCUCUAAAUAGUUGCAAGGCUUCAAGAAAAUGGAGGCUGAAAGAUUUCCUGUUGUUUCGGAGCGCAUCAGAGGGCAGAGCAACAGAUAAAGAUCCAUUCAGCAAGUUCUCGAAUCAUAAAAAUGAGCAUGUGAAGACUGCUAGCUCCAGCUUCAGAUCCAUAGACAGCCCGGCCUCUGUUUCAAGAAGAAAAGGACCUUCAGCACAUGAGUUGCAUUACACCGUGAACAAGGCAGUGUCCAAUGACAUGAAGAAGAAGACCUUCCUGCCUUACAAUCAGGGCAUUCUAGGAAGACUAGCUUUCAAUCCUGCUGUUCAUUCUCUGUCCACUGGAUUUGGGUCUCUUUCAAGGUCCUGAAUCUUCAGAGUCUGCUAUUUUAUUUAUUAUUUGUUAAAACACAUCCUGGGUUUUUCUUCUUUUUGUUGUAAAGUCUGUAUUCUUUUAGUAGGUGUAGAGUUCAUACUUUAAGAGGAAUGGCGUGCAAUGAAAGAUAACAAACAAAGCUUGGUUGCCCCCAUUACUGCUUAUACACAAAUAUAUUCUUUCUUCACUCUGAUAUCAGCGAAGUCUGAAAUUGUAAGAUUAUACUGAAAGCAUAGAAAAUUAGAAAUCACAAAUUAAAUUUUUUGGUUCAAAUUCUUGUAUUGCAGGCUUGCAGCACAUACUAUUUGAAGGUCUACUCAGAAAUUAUCAAUUUUGAUAUACUAAUAAGAACAAAAAAUAAGGCUUGCUAGCUAUGCAAGCAUAAACCUCCAUUAUAUUCAAUAGAAUGAUUCCAUGAGAAGUUCAUAUGAAGACAACCUCCACCUCAUUAGUGAAAGGGCCAUGCCGCUAUGUUCUAAAGCUAGAAGGCAAACACCAAA